AUGACAAAUAAUUUGGUGAAUCAUGUUAAAAUAAGAAAUAUCAAAUAUGAAGAACUUGAACAAUUUUGGAACAUACAACAAGAAUAUUUGGAUAAUUGGACAUUCACCUAUUUAGAAAAUCAAUUUAACCUAUAUUCUUCAUUAUUUGUAGCUGCUUUUAUUAAUGAUGUUAUGUGUGGUAUUGCAUAUGGAUGUGAAUAUGAUGAAACAACAAUUCUAUUGCAAGGUAUUUGUGUAUUAUAUAAAUAUUGGAGACAUGGAAUAGGAAGUAAAUUGAUAAAAUUUUUCGAAACAAAAGUCAAUAAAACAAAAAUUACAGUAGGAGUAGCUUCUGAUAUUGCCGUAGAAAAGUUUUAUCUUAAAAAUGAAUAUAAACCAAAUCAAUUUCUUAUUCGAAUUAAACGCAGUCAUUUACCAAAUGAUUGUGAACAAAAAAAAUUAGAUUUUCAUGUUAUUAAUGAAAAAUACGAUCAGGAAAAUGAAGCAGUAAUAUUAUAUAUUGAAACACAAGACUAUGAUAAUCAAUAUAAAGACAAGAUUAAAAAUCUAUUUCAUUCAUAUGAAACAAUAUAUAUUAUGAACAAGACAAUUCCAUCCAAUAUAUAA